UCCAUUCUCUCUCUUCCCCCCGCCCCCCUCCCUCUGUGUAACUGUCAUGGCGGCCACCACGACGACCACCGCCAAGGCCUUUGACGUGGAGAAACCAACCUCCGUGGACGCCCUCGCCGAUGAAGAUGAGGUCUCUCCCAUAGAGGAGGUCCGAUUGACGGUCACCAACACUGACGACCCGAAUCUGCCCGUAUGGACCUUCCGGAUGUGGUUCCUCGGCCUCCUCUCAUGCUCUCUCCUCUCCUUCCUCAAUCAAUUCUUCGCCUACCGGACCGAACCGCUCGUCAUCACGCAGAUCACCGUGCAGGUCGCCACACUUCCGAUCGGGCACUUCAUGGCCGCCGUGCUUCCCGCCACCAAGUUCCGGAUCCCCGGAUUCGGUUCCAGAGCGUUCUCGUUGAACCCGGGGCCGUUUAACAUGAAGGAGCACGUGCUCAUCACCAUAUUCGCGAAUGCGGGUAGCGCCUUCGGAUCCGGGUCCCCUUACGCCGUUGGGAUCGUCACCAUUAUCAAAGCCUUUUAUGGCAGAAGCAUCACCUUCCCGGCCGCCUGGCUUCUAAUCAUCACCACUCAGGUAUUGGGAUACGGAUGGGCUGGGCUGAUAAGGAAAUACGUGGUCGAGCCGGCCCAUAUGUGGUGGCCCGGCACCCUCGUUCAGGUUUCACUGUUUAGAGCUUUGCAUGAGAAAGAUGAUAAACGACCAACAAGGGCGAAAUUUUUCUUCAUUGCACUAGCUUGCAGUUUUUUGUGGUACCUGGUUCCAGGAUACUUGUUCUCAACUCUCACAAGCAUAUCAUGGAUCUGCUGGAUCUUCUCAAAAUCAGUCACAGCUCAGCAGUUAGGGUCUGGUAUGAAAGGUCUAGGACUUGGAGCCAUAACUCUGGACUGGUCUGCUGUGGCAUCCUUCUUGUUCAGCCCCCUCAUCUCACCCUUCUUCGCCAUUGUCAAUGUCUUCGUAGGCUAUGCAGUGAUAGUUUAUAUUGUGAUUCCUAUAGCUUACUGGGGCCUAAAUGUGUAUAAUGCCAAUAGGUUUCCCAUUUUCUCCUCACACCUGUUCACGUCUCAAGGUCAGCUAUACAACGUAUCAGCCAUCGUCAAUAACCAGUUUGAGAUAAACGUGGAUGAGUACAAUGCUCAAGGUAGAAUUCAUCUGAGUGUGUUCUUUGCUCUCACCUAUGGUUUCGGAUUUGCCACCAUAGCAGCCACCCUCACACAUGUCGCAUGUUUCUAUGGAAGGGAGAUUAUGGAGCGUUACCGUGCUUCUUCUCAGGGAAAACAAGAUAUCCACACGAGAUUGAUGAAGCGAUACAAGGACAUACCUUCAUGGUGGUUUCAUUUGUUGCUAGGUGUGACGUUUGCAGUUUCUCUGGUUCUAUGCAUCUUUCUAAAUGAUCAGGUUCAAAUGCCUUGGUGGGGACUCAUUUUUGCUUCAGCCAUCGCUUUUAUUUUUACCCUCCCUAUUAGCAUCAUAACCGCCACCACAAACCAGACACCAGGGUUGAACAUUAUCACCGAGUAUGUCUUUGGUCUCAUUUACCCAGGAAGACCAAUAGCCAAUGUCUGCUUCAAAACCUAUGGCUACAUAAGCAUGGCUCAGGCUGUCUCCUUCCUUAGUGAUUUCAAGCUUGGACACUACAUGAAGAUCCCACCAAGAUCUAUGUUCUUGGUUCAGUUCAUUGGUACCAUGCUGGCUGGAUCUAUCAACGCUGGUGUUGCAUGGUGGUUGCUCACCUCCAUCAAGAACAUAUGCCACGAUGAAGUUCUCCCUCCAGACAGUCCAUGGACAUGUCCCGGUGAUCGUGUGUUCUUCGAUGCAUCAGUCAUCUGGGGUCUGGUGGGACCAAAGAAAAUCUUUGGUUCUGAAGGAAACUACAGUGCAAUGAACUGGUUCUUUCUUGGAGGAGCACUAGGUCCCAUACUUGUUUGGCUACUGCACAGGGCAUUUCCUAAACAGUCAUGGAUUCCACUAAUCAACCUUCCUGUUCUAUUAGGAGCAACAGGAGCAAUGCCACCUGCAACUCCAUUGAAUUACAAUGCAUGGAUCAUCGUUGGAACAAUCUUCAACUUCUUCAUCUUCCGUUACAGGAAACAAUGGUGGCAGAGAUACAACUAUGUUCUUUCUGCAGCACUUGAUGCUGGGGUUGCUUUCAUGGCUGUGUUGAUAUAUUUCUCAGUAGGCCUUGAGAACAAGACUAUCACCUGGUGGGGAACUGGUGGUGAACACUGUCCUCUUGCAACAUGUCCUACUGCUAAAGGCAUAGUGGUAGAUGGCUGCCCAGUGCACUAAUGAACUUUUAUGCUUGUGAAAAAAAAAAAUAUAGGUAUUACCACUCUUGUUGCAACUUUUAAGGAAAUGUAUUCAACGUUUUAGAAUACAAUGUUAAAAGAAGCAUAGUUUAUGGUUCAUUUGGUUUCUUUCUUGUGUAAUUUUUCCUGACCUGUCCAGUUAUAUCGAUGCACAUAUAGCCAUAUGAGAGGUAGAGAACAGUGGAAACUUGUUUGUUUUUCAUCUAAGCAGGAUCAGUAACAAGGAUAGAAGAAACUGCUUGAGGAACAUUGUUAUAUACAGAAAAAAAAAAGACGUGUUUUGUUUUUUGGA